GGGGGGGGGUAGUUGUAGUUCGUAAUGACUUUUCAGCCUUGAUACAAUUAGGCUGUACAACUAUAAACGGACUGAUCCAUUGGCGCAUGAGAAGCUCGAGGGAAUGUGAAAGGGAAGGACAACAAUGACAUGGACAGUGACAUGGGAAGUCACAAGGUGCUCUUGUUUGGUCAAUUUCAUCAUAACGUAUUGAUCCAAUUUAUGAUGGGGUGGUUUGGAUUUUCCUGUUUGCUGUUCGGUGUGUUACUCCGGCCAAGCAACACACAAAACGUUGUGCCUGACGCAGCUCUGAACUGUUGUGAAGGGGACAUCCUGCUCCUGUUGGAUUCUUCAGGAAGUGUGUCAUCCUAUGAGUUCUCUCGCCUGCUGCGCUUCCUGUCUGAGCUUCUCCUCCCCUUCUCACUUGGGCAGGGCCAGGUAAGGGUGGGGUUGCUGCAGGUGAGCACUGAGCCACACCUGGAGUUUGGUCUGGACGCCCACAGCACCCAGCCUGGCCUACAGGGGGCACUGCAGAUGACCAGGCAGCUCCAGGGGGACACCAACACUGAGGCUGCCCUCAUACUGGCGCAGGGGCUGCUAGCCAGGACUGGAGCUGGGGAUGAAACAAAGCUCCCUAAAGUGCUGGUGUGGCUAACGGAUGGGGUAGAGCCGGGCGUGGUGGAUGUACCAAUGGCAGAGUUGAGAACGGCGGGCGUGUCCGUGCUGGCUGUCUCUACAGGACACGGGAACUACCAGGUGCUGCGGAGGGUGGUGACCGCACCCAUCGAGUCUCACCUGUACUUUGUGGACAUCGAUGACAUCAGCAUCAUCACAGAGGACCUGAGGGAGGCCAUCAUUGAGCUGAUCCGUGCUGAGGGCCUGCGGGUGGUAGAGGUGUCCUCCCACAGUGCCGUGCUGCAGUGGCGUCCUGUCCUCAGCGCCAACACAGGCUUCUAUGAGGUCCACUAUAAUUCUAUGCUGCCAGGUGGCGGGAAGGGUCAGCCUAGUGGCGGGGCCAGCAGCGGGGUGCAGUACCACAGACGAACCCUCCCUGGGGAUGCCAGCUGGAUAAAGCUGAGUGGUCUGCAACCAGACACCAGCUACACUGCCUCCCUCACCCCAAAGUCCAACCAGGACUACCUCAACACCCUCAGUGCCAACUUCACCACACUGCCCGAGGUGUUGAGCCCAGCAGUGGUCACGGUGUCAGACUCAGGUCCUGACAGGGUGCGAGUGAGCUGGGGUCCUCUGCAGCCUGAGCAGGUCCAGAGGUACCAGAUAGAGUAUGGCGCUCUGCCCAGUGGACAGGUCCACAUGGUUAUGUUACACGGACAUCAGAAUACCACUCUGCUCACUGGUCUAGAGCAAGAGACACAAUACCUGGUCACCAUCAGCGCCCUGUACUCCACUGGCAAAGAGAAGGCUUUGUCUGUCAAGGCCUGCACUCAGGAGGUGCUGCCUGCCCUGGCUGACCUCCAGCUGACCCCAGUGGGGCGAGAUGAGGUGCAGGUCCGGUGGCGAGGCCACGAAGAGGGUCUGAGGGGGUACUGGCUCAGCUGGGAGAUGGGUGAGACAGAGAUCCCCUCCCGCCCUGCGUCCUCUUCCCUAUACCUGCUCCCUGGCUCCUUGUCCACGCUGCUCACACACCUGGCCCCCAGCAGCCGAGUGUGUGUGUCACCUGUCUACCGCACGGCCCUGGGAGAGGGGCUCUGCUGCACCACACACACACAAACUGGUCUGACACUACGCACACAGACACACACACACACAGGUCUCCCAGCCUUAUAUUGGACUUGAACUAUUUAUUGAAUCGCCACAUUAAUAGUCAUUGUAAUUUUAAGGAAGUAGUCAUCUUCAUAUGUCUAACUGCACUCUUGUGCAACAGGAAAGUAAUAACCCCUUUUUCUCUCUCUCCCUCUCUCUCUCACUUCGAUAGAGCAGUAUUUUGCGGUUAUCAAUGAGAUUUGCCUGCAGUCAGAGAGCUGAAGUGGAGGAAAUGUUUGAAAUUUGAUGUGCUUUAUUGCCACAUCAAUGCUGUGGUACAAUGGAGUCACAUCUCUAUGUCGCUUCAAACCACUUGAUUAUCCAGUAUUCACACCCCUUGACUUUUUCCACAUUUUGUUGUGUUACAGCCCAACAUUAAAUUGAUUAAAUUGAGAUUUUUUUGUCACUGGCCUACACACAAUACCACAUAAUGUUUUUCAACAUUUUUACAAAUUAUUUAAAAUGAAAAGCUGAAAUGUCUUGAGUCAAUAAGUACUACAAAGAUACAGACGUCCUUCCUAACCAUUUGCCUGAGAGGAAGGAAACCGCUCAGGGAUUUCACCAUUAGGCCAAUGGUAACUUUAAAACAGUUACAGAGUUUAAGGACUGUUAGGAGACAACUGAGGAUGACUCAACAACAUUGUAGUUACUCCACAAUACUAACCUAAUUGACAGAGUGAAAAGAAGGAAGCCUGUACAGAAUAAAACAUUUUCCAAAACAUGCAUCCUUUUUGCAACAAGGCAUUAAAGUAAUACUGCAAGCAAUUACAUUUUUGUCUGAAGACAAAGUGUUAUGUUUGCGGCAAAUCUAAUACAACACACUACUGACUACCACGCUCCAUAUUUUCAAGCAUAAUUGUGGUGGCUGCAUCAUGUUAGGGGUAUGCUUGUAAUCGUUAAGGACUGGGGGAUUUUUCAGGAUAAAAAAAUUAAUGUAAUGGAGCUAAGCACAGGCAAAAUCCUUUGUCAGUCUGCUUUCCACUGGACACUGUGAGAGGAAUUCACCUUUCAGCAGGACAAUAACCUAAAACACAAAUCCAAAUCUACACUGGAGUUGCUUACCAAGAAGACAGUGAAUGUUCCUGAGUGGCUGAGUUACAGUGUUGACUUAAAUCUAUUUGGAAAAAAAAGACCUGAAAAUGGUUGCCAAGCAAUGCUUAAGAACCAAUUUGACAAAUCAUGAAAACAUACGUAGAAUGUAUGCACACAUGACUGUAAGUCGCUUUGGAUAAAAGCGUCUGCUAAAUGGCAUAUAUUAUAUUAUUAUAUUUGAAAAUAAUAUUUUUGUAUUUCAUUUUCGAAAAUGUCUAAAAAUAUGUUUUCACUUUGUUAUUAUGGGGCAUUGCAUGUACACAAUACAUUUAAGCCAUUUAGAAUUCAAGCUGUAACACAACAAAAUGUGUAAUAAGUAGAGGUAUGACUACUUUCUGAAGGCCAUGUAAGUGGAUUAUGUUGUCAUUUCAUAAGGAAGAGAGGUCCUGGGUCAUCUGGGUCAUCUGGGUCAAGAUAAAGAAGUGCAGCUUCAGCAUAGAGCUGUUGUGAUCCAAAUGGAUGGAUUCCAUUUCUCUGACUCCAAUGAGAAGGAUUGCCACUGAUGGGGGAUAGGUGGAUGAGGAUGAAGAGAAAGAAGGGUGGAUAGAGGGGAACAAAGAAGGGUGGAUAGAGGGGAACAAAGAAGGGUGGAUAGAGGGGAACAAAGAAGACAUAGAACAUCCUAACUUCUCUCCCAUCAUCCAUCUGGUCAUAGUGUGGGCAUGCUGUUACACAUAGGCAUUUGAACUAUUUCUGAUAAAAAAUAUAUAACUAUAUUUACUUCAUAAACAAGAUGUAAAAUCAAAAUGUACUUGUAUGCUUUCUCACGUAUUUUUUAUCUUAAGUUUUCAGUUUAGCUUCCACAUAAUAGGCUGCAGUCCACAUAUGAACCCAUCAGCCUGGCUCUUGUGAACUUGCUUGUGAAGAUCGCCAUCUAGUGGGACACAUAUUUUACCACAGACUGUGACAAUCAGGCCAAUGUUCAACUUUUUCAACUCUUUCUCUGCUGCACAGUACACCCCUAAGUGUGAAUAUAAUGCAAAAAAAACUAAGUCCAUUUUCCAAUUGAACAGCAAUGCAUUGGUCUCAUAUAGAGGGUAGAUAAAUUGCAAUAUCUGAAAACAGGAAAACAUUUCCUCUCACAUGUCAUUUUCUGGGUUGUUCCAUGUCAUUUCAGCAAUCUCAGAUUGUUCCGAAAUAGUUUCUGUAGUAAAAAAAACAGAUUAGAUAAGCAUUCCAGCAACAAUAUUUUGUUGAAAUAUAAUUUGAUCUCUGAGAAAAUAAACUAAUUGAUUCCAUCCAAAUUGGCCAUUUAAAUGAAUAGGAUUCAUAUAAUAUUUCAUAAAUAUAGUACCUAACAUCCAAAACUUUUUUCUAACAAUGAGUAAAACACGAGGAAUCCAAAGAAAUUGUCGAAAGUCACCCACAGACUCCCCACACCCCACGACAAUCCAGAGAAGGCUGGUGGAAGGAACCAUAGGAGGACGGACACAUUGUAAUGGCCGGGAUGGAAUCAAUGUAACGGAGUCCAACCGGUUGUUUCCAUGUGUUUGGUACCAUUUCAUUCAUUCCAUUCCAGCCAGUAUAAUGAGCCCUACCUUCUAUAUCUCCUCCCACCAGCCUCCUCUGCGCCAAUCUCACCUCCAACAACUAUAUGCAGCCUCAAUGUUAAUAAAGGGAUAGUUCACCCAAAUCUCAAACUGACGUACUGACGUAUUGGUUUCCUUACCCUGUAAGCAGUUUAUGGACAAUGUAUGACAGCAACCGAUGCUUUGGUUUUGUUUACCGAGCCACUGUUUAUUUUUAGCAUUUGUGGCACAUAUCCAAUGCAAGUCAACGGUACCUAUAUUAGCAUUUUUACACUUCAUAUCCAAAUCAUCUGUAACUAAUAACAGGAACCACAUUUCCAUCCACAAUUUUUAGGCCAGUAAAGUACUAAAUAUUAAAAUAAAAAAAACAUGACAGCUGUGAUGGAAACAGGAAGUUUCGUUACAAUUGUAUAAAUGCAGACAGAUCAUUAAUUCGUUCGACAUGGUGGGAUCUUUUUGUGUAUGAAAAAUUAAUUAUGCAAGUAAAGGUGGUGCAAAUUACAAAUAUCCAUCAUAUCGAAGUAAACUUAGUCACAAAGUGAUAUGGUGUGUGGUCCUCCCUAGGGUUGUGGUGGUCAUGACAUUUUGUCAGCUGUGAUUGUCAAGCGAAUAACUGCCGGUCUCACAGUAAUUGACCAUUAAUUAACAUAAACACAUUUAAAUCUCCUGGCUUCCACACACAGCCUACAAGCCACUGAUGCAGACCUUUGUAACAUCUACAUUUUAAAAAGUCUAAUAAAUCCAUGUAAUACAGCUACACCAUCACAAUAAAUCCAUUAUUUAUUUUAGACAGAUUUCAAAAUAACAGAAUAGCAUACUCUUGAGUUGUCCUUGUGUUAGGCCCUGAUAUGGCUAUGCCAUAUGGCUAGUUAAUUUAGCAGACACGAUUUUCUUAGAAUUCCAUUACAUUAUUUUAAUAGUAUGAAGAAAACAAUUGAAUAAAAUAGAAAAUAUAUUUUCUCCAAAGAUUUAAGGGAGUGCGUGUGGCUAUUGUGUGGCUAUUCUGUGUUGAACAGUUAACAAAGCGGUAUUAUGGUCACCAUAACAGCCCUAGGACUCUUCCCACUAUGACUCUGGAAAGCAUGCAGUUUAUUAGGCUACAGAUUAAAUAAAUUAUCAUGAACUUCACAGGGUGGUGAAAGUGCACAGUAGAGUGAUGACUUUGAUGCUCUUUUCCAAUAAAUAUUGAAGGUCUUAUUCUGGUGACAUGAUGAUCGAUGCUUGACUGCCAUUUGACAAAUAAAAAUAUUCUGUCUCUUAUCCAUAAUAAUCUCAUCAUGUAGACUAUCUCCACAGCCUACCCGCACUGAAAGUUGUUGGCUAAAGAGUGCAUGUUUUGUUGACAAAACUAUUGAUGGAAAAUGCCAUGGAAACACAUUGAAAACAUUUAUUCCGUAUAUGAAAACUUGAGUGAAAAACUACAUUUUGUGUGCACUAAGUCAUCACCUACUAAUUGUUUUUUUGGAAACAAGUCAGUUUGGUGGAAAUACACCACAGGUGGGAAAAUGUGCAUAUUUUCUUUAUGUGUAUUUUAGAAUAUUCACAUGAAAAUCUGUUGCCAAUUGGAUGGAAACCUAGCUAUUGAGUUACACAAUACAUGUUUUGGUACAUUAGGAUGAUUUGGACAUGAAGUGUGAAAAUGCUAAUAUGGGUACCAUUGACUUGCAUUGGAUUUGUGCCACAAAUGCUAGAAAUUUUAGUGUUUACCUGGUAAGGAAACCAACGUUGAGGGGAUUUUUAAAAAAUAACCUAAUAGCAGGAACAGCACCAUCUAGUGGUCCGAACCUGGUAGUAUCAGGAUGUAUAAUUGCACAUAAACCUAACGACUUCAGUUAUUGAUUUUUAUAAACGGGGACAUCACCAAAUUCACUGAGAAUUCAUUACAUAGGAUAAAGAAACAAUACUCCGAGCCGCAGCUCCAUACUACUUUUCAGACAUAGAGAACUGAUAAUAUAUACUCGUUGUUGGGUGGUUUUGGUGUGGGGUGUCCGUGGGUGGCUUUUGAGAUUCGUCAUGUGUAUUUCAUUGAUAGUAAAAUAUUUGGUGGAAAUCGGAUUUGAAGUACUAUAUUUAUUGAAUAUUAUUCGAAUCUUAUACAUUUAAAUGGACAAUUUGUGUGCAAUCAAUUAGAUUAAUUUCUCAGAGAUCAACUAAAUAAUUUUGCAGGAUUGCUAAUCUAUUUUUUUUCUAUCUACAGAAAUUAUUUAAAUACAAUCUGAGAUGGUGGGUGUCGAAAUACUUUCUUGUACUUUUUCAAGUGGAACGACCUUUGUAUUCUAUGUACUCAAUGUUAAUAUCAUAUGAGGUAAUAAAACGAGUAUGAAUUGCU